AUGGUUUUCCACUCUAAAUCCUCAGGGUCCAAGUCCUCCCCUCUGUGGAUCCCUAGGAAUGAGUGGAACCCGACAGAUAUAUACAGAGCCCAGGCUCAGGGGGCUCCACACCUGCACUUCUCUCUCACCACCUCAUCUGCCUGCUCCACCCUCAACCCACCAGAACCAUGGGCUGCUGUGGCUGCUCCGGAGGCUGUGGCUCCGGCUGUGGGGGUUGUGGCUCCAGCUGCUGUGUGCCCGUCUGCUGCUACAAGCCUGUGUGCUGCUGUGUGCCAGCCUGUUCCUGCUCCAGCUGUGGCUCCUGUGGGGGCUCCAAGGGAGGCUGUGGCUCCUGUGGGGGCUCCAAGGGAGGCUGUGGCUGUGGCUCCUGUGGUGGCUCUAAGGGGGGCUGUGGUUCUUGUGGCUGUUCCCAGUGCAGUUGCUGUAAGCCCUGCUGCUGCCAGUCCAGCUGCUGCAAGCCCUGCUGCUCCUCAGGCUGUGGGUCAAUCUGCUGCCAGUCCAGCUGCUGCAAGCCCUGCUGCUCCUCAGGCUGUGGGUCAUCCUGCUGCCAGUCCAGCUGCUGCAAGCCCUGCUGCUCCUCAGGCUGUGGGUCAUCCUGCUGCCAGUGCAGCUGCUGUAAGCCCUGCUGCUCCCAGUCCAGCUGCUGCAAGCCCUGCUGCUCCUCAGGCUGUGGGUCAUCCUGCUGCCAGUCCAGCUGCUCCAAGCCCUGCUGCUCCUCAGGCUGUGGGUCAUCCUGCUGCCAGUCCAGCUGCUGCAAGCCCUGCUGCUCCCAGUCCAGCUGUUGUGUCCCCGUGUGCUGCCAGUGCAAGAUCUGAGGCUCUAGUGGGAAACCUCAGGUAGCUCCUGAAGAUCUGUGCUUCCCAACAAGUGACUACCCCUGAAGCACAUCCUGUUCUGGAGCAGAGCAAUGAGUCCCCUGGCUCAGGGCUUCUUUUUCCAGCCCUUGAGAAAGUGGAAUGAACCACUCCCCGCCCAUUCUCUAUAAGGGUAUCACAAGCCCCGGGACUUUUGCCUCUCCUUCCCACAUGCCCCCACAUGUCUGAGCCAGACUGCACUGGGGGCAGCUCUCAUGCCAGGAGGUGCCUGGAAUUCCCCUUCUUGACAAUUCCAGUGGGAGACAGCAAGCCUUUCUUUCCUGUGCCUGCCAGGAGCUCCAUGGCAUUUGCAGAUGGAUGUCUUGCAACCCAAAUGAUCACAUGUAUCUGUAGAAAUCCAAAAUGCACCUGGGUGCAGCGCUAAAUAAA